CCUAGCUGCAUCCUGCUUAAUUUCUUUGCAUGCAGCAGCUGAGGCUGAUGAGACGAAGGUAGGCCGUAUCCCAUGUGUAUCACACGCCGCUUAUUAUAAAAGCAGCCAAGGAGCUAUCUAGCUACAUUGCAAACUUCUCCCAGACUUCCAGGGACCCAAAAGACCAUGCUGAUUGGUCGCCCCCAUUAAUUCCUUCCGGCUUUGACCAAAGAAAACCAUGCUGGUUGGUCGCCCCCAUUCCUUCCGGCUUAAUUCCAUUGCAAAAUCAUCCCUGAGAUGCCCUGAGAAGAUAGAUAGGUUGAAAGCCUGAAAGACCAGUAGCAAGACCUGCCUGUUGUUGUUGAGGAUGGGCGCUGGUCAGGUCCGAGCUCGAGCUCGGAGGAACAAUGGCAAUGGCGGCGGCGGCCCGAAUUGGCUGCGGCCGGAAGAGAAGUCGCUGAAUAUCUAUGUGCUCUGGCAGGCAUAUGUCCUGAUGGCCGUGACGGGGUUGGGCUAUCUGGCGCUGACAUGGUCCACGGUGGUGCUGCUGGGUGGCUUCGUCACCACGCUGGGGAGGAAGGACUUCUGGUGCCUCACUGCCAUUAGCAUGAUACACGAAGCCAGUGAAGUACUCGAUGCUAAAAGCAACACCAUAUACAUGAUAGCAGCAUUGGCCAUCUUGGAGAAUUUGUGUACUAACUGUACACUGGAUGGGGAAUAUGUAAAGGAAUCCUUGCUGUCAAAGGUCCUCAUGAAAGUACUGCCUGUACUAAUGAGUAAAAGGAAGCGCCCAACAGAAGCAUCUCAAAGGAAGCAAUAUUGGGCGACUAUCUUAUCAGCAUCGAGAACCGAACAGAUGAGGAGAAGGCAAUGCAAAGCAUGGGCAGAUGAUGAAGAAAUCGGCGGAUUUUCCUCAGAGGACGACGAUGAAGAAAAUCGACUUUCCAGACACAGCAGCCGAAGCAAAUCAUCUUAUCAAGCAAGCAAGGAGCAAAUUGAUGAGAUGGAAUUGCAAGAAGCGUUGUUAUCCCUUACUUUGGUGAUAUGUAACAAGCUGAUGGUCGGUGGAAAUGACUCUGACAAUUUGGGUCCGAAGAUUCCAAAUGAAAAUGGUGAAAUUUUGGUGAUGCUCAAGGCUAGAACUCUCAGGCCACGGCCGGCUGUCUACGGAUGGUGAAGCUUUGUGGUCAGAUUGCUGUGUCAAUGAUGCGCUGCAGCCUGUACAUCACCCAAUUCAAGGAUCACAAUUUCGUGGAGUCACUGUCUAAGGCUUCUGAGAUCAUGUCUAACCUUGAAAGCUGCAUGUUUUUUGCUGGGACCGACUGUGGAUUGAAGAAGACUGCCAGGCCUUUCCUCUCUGAUCUUGAGAAGGAACUCGAGGAAGCAGUCAAGUUGGUUGGUUAAUUAGAAAGUAAUUGAGAUUUUUCUACCCUAACCUUUUGCUGUUCUAUUCCUCAAGAGCAAAUAGGCAUGUGUCCAGUCCCAGGAAACAUGCUAUAUUUCUUCCUUUCAGUACAAAACAAUAUUUGCAUUGCUCAAAUUGUCCACAUCCCUCUUUGCUUGUUACUACGAAUGCUAUAAAGCAGGGACUCAAGCCUUUUCUCCAAAAGGAAGUGUAGCCAUUUUAUGAAA